CCCGAAAAACAGUAUCUGUACUUUGUCGUUCUUCCAGAAAGUUACGAUCCACAUUGACCAGAUCCCAGCUUUAUACAGGACGAUCCAUUUUCCGACAGUGGCAGCGGAAAAGUGCUGCCAGAGCUGAUUCAAUAUUUUCAAAUACCCCAGUAUCUCCUGGCCGACAUAUAUAGGCGCUCCAAUGGAUUCUUUGCUUUCAAGGAAUCGCGAGGUCAAAAUGGCCAGCGCGAAUCAUGCUACAUGUGGUUCCGUGUACUAAUCAAGAUUAUUACUGGUCGCAGCAGUAUGUCCUAUCACUGGCAGGAGAUGACAUUUUGCUGCCGGUGGGAUUCGAAGAACUGCUCAGUUUUGUGCUUGGGAGUAGAUGCUUCAUUCAAAAGCUGUCUGCAAGAAAAGCUGCACCAGAUAUGGCCUGAUAUACAAGGAUCACAGCCUGGCUGCUUGCUAGUGCCACUGAUGGAGGUUCUUGUCAUAAUGUUUGACCAAUCGGUGUGGUUGAUUCGAGAUCUCGUGCGGAGCGCCGAAAAGGGCCGUGCGCUUUCAAAUCGCGGCUUAGCCCAUUUUACAUUGCUUCACGAAGUAACGAGACAUGCCAUCCACUCGUUAGAGACUCUCAAUGUUGCAGUUGACACUCUGAGCAGCAUUCAGCACCAAAUCGCGAGCCAAUCGAGGCGAUCACAGUCGAUGUCGUGGGAUGCACAAGAUUUAGCUGAGUCGAUCGAUAAGCAAUUCGACUUGCAGGUUCGCAUGCUUCGAAAUCUUCACCUACGAGCCCAAUCAAACAAGGAGCGGUUGCAAAAUGAGAUUGCAUAUGUUUUCAACAUGAUCACAAAGCGUGACAGUCAGAUCAUGACUAGAAUCGGAGAGGCAGCAAAAGAAGAUAGCGGUGUGAUGAGAACCAUUGCUGUAGUUACCAUGUUCUUCCUGCCACCGACAUUCAUCUCUGCUGUUUUCAGCAUGAGCUUUUUCAAUUACACACCGCCUCAAGAUGGUGCGGCAGGCAAGUGGUCAGUAUCGGAGAGGUUCUGGAUUUAUUGGGCAUUUGCGAUACCCUUAACAGCUUUGACUUUGGGGAUUUGGGUCCUACAACAGAGAUGGAUGCGCUGGCGCUAUUGGCCCAACUCCUUCUAAAGUCAUAUGCUGUUUGUUCACGAAUCUCCUACAAGGCCUAUAGAUACUUCGAUGCAUCUUAGUAUUCUUUAUGCAAAUUUCAGAAAUUUCGACACUCGUAUACAUAUCUACUCUGGCAAGGUAGAGAUCAUCAGACAUAGAUCUGCACUUCCAAUGGUAAAUUUAGCAUCAAUGCUCCUCCAGC